AUGGUUGAGCGUCGCCAACUUGGACAAGAAGAGACUCCCCCACACCCCGUGUAUCCACACUCUGGGUUUAGUGGAAUAUUACCAUCGGGCGACGAUAUCAUUCCUGUUAGGGAUGGAGGCGUGUAUGAGAGAGAAGAAAACAAUUUUGCCCGGGACGUUAUGAAGUACAAACUUAGGAACAUCGUUAAAAAUUGGAUGGAGAACUACAGGCGAUCGCAACAAAACGACGACGGCUAUUUUCUGGAGACUCUGUAA